CGGGGACCGCUAAGGACCUCACAGAGGAGCCUGGGUGCCUCAUUUCUGAAGUGAGACUAGGAAGAGAAGAUGAACAAUUGCCUGGAUUAUCUUGCCUACCCUGUAAUCGUCUCUAAUCACAGGCAGAGCACGACCUUCAGGAAGAAACUGGACUUUGGCCACUACAUAUUUCACAAGAAUAGGAUACAAAUAGUGAAGCCUACUGUCGAUACCAAACCUCCGGUGGCACACACGCAUCACAUUUUAAAACUGAGCAAACUACAGGGUGAACAAAAGCGAAUCGACAAAAUCGAAUAUGAAAACAAACAACUGUGUCAGAAAAUCGCAAACGCCCGUCGCGGCCCUGCCAGGGUGGAUUGCUGGAACGAAUAUUUUUCCAAGAGCUUGAACAGAGAAACAAGAAACCGGGAGCUAGUGAGAAUCACCGUGGAAAACCAGGGCAUUCUGAAGAGGCUUGGCGAUCGAAAACCGCACUAUGACCGCAGAUCAUCCGAGAUAGAUUGGCAGAAUUCAAGGCGCUAUAUCAGAAAUACAACAAAAUAUCUUCUCUCCCGAGAUGAAUAGGUUACUCACAGUGGAAAAGAUACAAGAGAAAGCCCUAGGAUUUCUUAGCUGCUUAGACUCUCAAAACACUCCUAAGUGGCUGAAUGCUCAAUCCUAGGAUGCUACAAUAAAGCUUGGAACAUAAAAUGA